AUGGAAUAUCCCGAGGCAAGGAAAAGAUGGGUAUUUGCGCAAACUGAUCAAACACCACGUGGUGCUGCCAGAGGAUUAAUUUCUCCUAUGUAUAUGUAUAUGCCAAGGCGAGCUAGGAAGAUUUAUACGACUGACCUAAAAAAUUUAUUUGCUGAAGUUGACGCCCGUCUAAAUGAAUGCCAUGCAAUUGCUGCCACCUCAACACCUUCAUCAGAUGUGUCCUUAUCACAAACAAACCAACAAUUUACACAUUUCAACUUUAACAAUAAACUUUGGAAAUAG